AUGGAGACGGCCAACAGCUACGUGCUGAUCCACGGGAAGAACAUCUCCCACAACGCCCCGGCCGGCCCCGCCGCCGGACCCCACAUGUCCAUCGACAAGUUGUUCCCGGCUCUGCUCGAGUGUUUCGGCAUCAUUCUGUGCGGCUACAUCGCCGGCAGGGCCGACAUCAUCACCGAGAGCCAGGCCAAGGGUUUGGGCAACUUUGUGUCCAAGUUUGCUCUUCCAGCUCUGCUCUUUAAAAACAUGGUUCUGUUGGACUUUGGGAACGUCAUCUGGGCGUUUCUCUGGAGCGUCCUGGUCGCUAAGGUGACGGUGUUCGUGCUGGUGUGUGUGCUCACCCUGAUGGUGGCCAGUCCAGACAGCAGGUACAGUAAGGCUGGUCUGUACGCCAUCUUCGCCACUCAGAGUAAUGACUUCGCUUUGGGAUACCCAAUAGUCGACGCUUUGUACCGCAGCACGUAUCCAGAAUACCUCCAGUACAUCUACCUGGUCGCUCCGGUCUCCCUGAUGCUCCUCAACCCCAUCGGCUUCGCCCUGUGUGAGGUGCAGAGAUGGAGGCAGGCCAGUCAUCCACAGCACGGUACUGCUGGCAUCCUGGGAGUUGUUGUCUUACAGGUGCUGAAGAACCCGAUCGUGUUCAUGGUCCUGGUGGGGAUCAUCUCCCACUUUGCUCUGGGUCAGCGGAUCCCGGCCGUGCUGUCAGAGUUCAUAGACGGUCUGGCCAACUCGUUCGGAGGGGCGGCGUUGUUCUACCUCGGACUCACGAUGGUCGGUCAGCUCAGAAAACUGACCCGAGACACUGGAGUGGCCUUGAUUCUGCUCAUCACAGCCAAACUCCUGGUGAUGCCGCUGGUCUGUAAAGACAUGGUGGACAUCCUGGACGUGGGCGUGAACAGCACCAGCGCCAACCACACCAGUUUGUCCAACUUUGCUUUCCUGUACGGAGUCUUCCCGACGGCGCCCAGCGUGGCCAUCUAUGCAGGACACUAUAACAUGGAGCUGGAGGUGGUAACAUCGGGGAUGGUGAUCAGCACCUUCCUGUCUGCACCCAUCAUGUACGUGUCCGCCUGGUUGUUGACCAUCCCUCUGAUGGACCCGACCCCGCUGGUGACGGAGCUGGAAAACGUCAGCUUCAACAUCAGCAUCGUCAGCCUCGUGGCGCUGGUGUGGACCAUAGCAGUGAUGCUGCUCAGCAGGAAGUUCAACAGACUUCCUCACCUCUUUGUGCUCAACCUCUUCCUGGCUCAGUUCCUGGUGUGUGUCAGCAUGAUCCUGUGGAACUUCCUGGUGAAGCAGGAGGAUAAUCUGGUGGGAAAGAUCCUCACCUUCACUCUGCUCUACGGCUCUCUGUACAGCACCUACAUCUGGACGGGUCUGAUCCCUCUGUGUCUGGCUCUGACGAACAGAGAUGAUCUGCUGAGGCUCAGACCAGGAGUCUUCAUGAUCCUGGGUUGGGGAGUUCCCUUCCUGAUGGUCGGAGGUCUCCUGGUGUCGGGGGAGAGGACUGAAACCAUCGACUCCGCCUUCUUCUACGGCAGAGCUCAGAUCAUCAGCACGGCGGUGGUUCUGGCCGUCAGCCUGGUCCUCGGGGCCGUUUCUCUGAUGGGCCUCAGCCAGGGCGAGAGGGAGCAGAGCGGCUACCAGGCCCUGAGCAGAGCCGCCGUGACGGGCGUCGGCGACGAGCUGAGGGCCCCUGCUGGCCUGGAGGACCCACCACAACAACAACAACAACAACAACAACAGACGCAGGUGGCAAAUUCACCGGCCUGCAGCAUCAACUCAGACCUCCACAGCUUCUCUCCUCUCCAGCCGAUACCUGACAUGAUAGCGAGCACACAGCGGGAGCACACCAACAGCACAGGCCACAGUGGGGCGCUGUGUGACGGCCAGCAGCAGCAGAGUUCUUCCUCCUCUGAGCAGCCGCUGAACCUGCCUCCACCCGGACCUCCAGCCGCCGCCGACGACAAGCAGACCGUGAGACACGUCCUGCUCUGUCUGCUGCUCUUCGUCAGCCUGCUGGCGAACCUGUCCAGCUGUCUGUGGUGGCUGUUCAACAAAGAUCCAGGAAGACUUUACCUGGAGCUGCAGUUCUUCUGCGCUGUGGCCAACUAUGGACAGGGCUUCCUGUCCUUUGGGAUCUUUGGUCUGGACAGACAUCUCAUCAUCUUGCCUUUCAAGAAGAGGUUGCUCAGCUUGUGGCAGGGCCGAGAACCCGAGGACCUGAGUCCUUCAGGGGUACCGGAGGAGGUCCGGCUCACCUGCACUCAGUUCGUCCGCUACCACAAAGACCAGUGCGUCCAAGACAUCGUGCACACUCGCAGCGGCUCAGGGGAGAGUGUGAAUGCUUCGACAGGUGAAUCCUUCCUCUGAUAGCGACAGGUUUGGAGGAGGGCAGGAGGCCGAUGGCGGCGCUUUGAGACAUUCCCCUUCCCGUCAACCCCGACACCUUCCC